CACCAAUACGCGGAAGCAUAAAGGAAAGCGCCACCCCGUAAUCGAGCACAUCCCAAAUCGAUUCCGCAGAACAAGCGCCAUGGCCUCCGCACCGACGCCUGCGCCGUUGCUCCCCGUCACCAACCCGGCGGCCGGCGGCGGUUCCGCGCCGUCCUCCGGCACCGGCCUCUCCGACGCGACGCUCGCCACGCCGGCCUUCCGCCUCUUCGUGAGCCGGCUCUCAGACACGGCGCGGCGCUCACUCGCGGACCGCCGGCCGUGGUUCGAGCUGCUCGACCGGUCGGCCUUCUCGCGGCCGGACUCCCUUUCCGAGGCCACCUCGCGGCUGCGCCGCAACGUCGGCUACUUCCGCGUCAACUACGCCGCCGUGGUCGUCUUCUCCCUCGCGGCCUCGCUCCUGGCCCACCCCUUCUCCCUCCUCGUCCUCCUCAGCAUCCUCGGCGCCUGGUGCUUCCUCUACGUCUUCCGCGCCUCCGACCAGCCCGUCGUGCUCUUCGGCCGCACAUUCACCGACCGCGAGAUGCUGCUCGGCCUCGUCGUCGCAUCGUUGCUCGCCUUCUUCCUCACGUCCGUGGCCUCGCUCAUCAUCUCCGGCCUGCUGGUCGGCGGCGCUAUCGUCGCCGCGCACGGCGCCUUCCGCAUGCCCGAGGACCUCUUCCUUGACGAUCCGAGCGCUGCGACCAAUGGCAACCCCACCAGCAGGCUGCUCUCCUUCCUCGCGUCACCCGGAUCUGGGGUCUAACGCGUCGACGGCUGGUAAAAUCCGGUAGGGUACUUGGCUCGAGGAAUUUAUUUGAAGUCAGAAUUGGUAUGCUUUGCGUACGACUGGUAUUAAGUGCCAGUAGCUAUGGACAUGCAGAUCUGAUUGUGGUUCUAAUUUGUGCCUCGAAUUAUGCUAAAAUCUGCGAGAGCUAUACUUCUCUUAGAUUUCACCAGAUUUGGUGACGGUGAGCAUUGUCAAUUUGCUAACAUGUAUCUCUGUGUUUUGGACAACAUGACGAUUUUUAUGGAUCUCCGGUUA